CUCCGUUCCCCUCUCAAGAUGAAAGUCCUUAUGCUCGCUGCUCUGCUCACAGUGGGCGCUGCUGCUCACAGGAUCAGCACCCGGGCUGUGUGGCAGUUCCGAAACAUGAUCAAGUGCGCGAUCCCGGGGAGUGAGCCCUACAAGGACUACAACAACUACGGCUGCUUCUGUGGCUUGGGGGGCUCAGGCACCCCCGUCGAUGAAUUGGACAGGUGCUGUCAGACCCACGACCAGUGCUACUCCACGGCCAAGAAGAUGGAGAGCUGCAAAUUCCUCAUUGACAACCCCUACACCAACACCUACUCCUACUCGUGCUCUGGCACCGAGAUCACCUGCAGCAGCAAAAACAAAGAGUGUGAGGCCUUUAUUUGCAACUGUGACCGCGAAGCUGCCAUAUGCUUUUCCAAGGCACCGUACAUCAAGGAGCACAAGGACCUGGACUCCAAAAAAUACUGUUAGCACGCAGCGUUGGCUCGGAAAAGCUCCCCCUGCCUGCCUAAUGGCCUGCACCUUACACUGUGUGCUCCAAUAAAGCACGUUACUGAA